AUGACCAAACUUGGCAAAGAUGAUUGGUUUCGAUCCGUCGAUGUUUCAAUUCUGCCAGUGCCUCGGAUACAUCCUGUCGAAGAACACCAGAGACAAAAAGACCCAGUGAGAGACGAGAGAUCCAAAUCCCGAUGGUCUGGAAGCGCCCGAAACGAGGAGCCUGUCCUUGUUGCCACCACCGUUCAGCCAAGACUGUGCUUGCUUUCGCUGGCUUUGGUUUCCGGCAAAGAAGGAAAAUACCCAAUUAUACCGGUCAUGAAUGCAAUUUUGGAAGGCGUGUGGUCCGUCCCAAGGCAUAACUUCGCUUUGACCAUGAUACUCCCAGCGUCUCCGGUGGCUGUCUUGGAAAUUGCGAGCACGGAGGGCUCCGUCCUUUAA